UGAUUGCUAUAUCUAGCUUUGGUUCAAGUUAGCUGCGUUGCACGUCCAAGUAUCGGCUCACACAAAAAAACAAGCUAUCAGGUAUAUUAUUUAUCUCCUUCCAUAGCGACAUCAUUAACCAUCAGCAUAAAGGGGAUAUACGUUUCAGACUUUCAAUUUCAGCAUCUUUGUUCUUCUCAGGAUUCUAUACUACUUUUGAAGUUUCAAAAUUCUACUACAAUUCAAAUUUCUGUAUAGGUUAACAAUAUGAACUCAGAUGAAAGUUUGUAUCGUGUAGUAAUCAGAUAUUUAACCACGACAAGCAUUCCAGAAUGCCAAGAAGAAAAAAUUUGGGGCUGUAGAAGGAUGGUACUUACUUGGAUUUUCUUGCCGCAUUAAUAGUUGGUUACUUGUAAUGUUACGCUAUUAAGUUGUAUGAUCCUGGAUAGCAUCUGCCAUAGAUUUACUGCAGCAAGAUAUAAACAUCCAUGAAAUAAAAUGUAGUAACUGGUCUCCACUGAUCCAUUACUAUCAAAAUAAGCACUGCUUCAUAACUGCUCAGCCAUUUCACAAAAUGCUAAUGCAGGCAAGCCAUUUUGGCCGCAAUCUGAAGUCAUGGAUGUCAAGGAAGAAAGACGGAAAAAGGAUAAAGAGCGCUAUGCACGGAUGACAGAUGAACAAAAGCAGGAAAAACUGAAAAAACGUCGUGAGGCCUAUCAGCAAAACAAAGCAAUUAAAGAGGUCAAGAAGCAGACUAUGACAAGCAAAGAAUCAAUUGCGAUGGUGACCCCAACAUACAUCGCAACAGAGCAAGAAGGUGGUACAUCUACCAUAAAUUUGAGACAAAUAAAGCCUGUGACGCCAGGAGAAAGACAAACAUUGCUACAUCGUCGAAACGAAGAGUUCUCAACAAAACAGAGGAAAGAAAAAUCCGUGAUGAACAGCGACCACACUGGCAUAGAACCGUUAAAGCACCCAGAAGUUAUGAUUAACGGCAUCUACUAUCCAUUGUGUCAACCCAACAAAGACGUAGAUGCAGAAGCACAGCCAUUCAGCAAUGAUGAUGAACAUGGCAAGGCUAUCGAUCUCGUGUUAUCCAUGAUGAAAAAGGGCAACGGUGACAUACAAACUCUAGAGCAGCCAGAAGUCAGCAUUAAAGAGUUUAUAAAUGAAGCAAGACGUAAUAAUAAUAGAGCUCGGAGAAAUAGUUUGACGGCAGAUAAAAACGAGGAGAUUAAUCAACGUAGAAGAGCAGCCCGGCAAAACAAAUCGCUUGAUGAGAGGAACAUACAUAUGAGAGCUAGCAGGAAAAAUAAAUCCACGGAAGAACAGCAGCAGGAGAAUGCAAAACGACGCACAUCAAGGCAAAGCAAAACUAAAGAGGAGAGGGUGGCAUUGCUAACUCAGCGCAGAUCAACUGCUCAAGCUAGAAGGAACACCCCAUGCGCUGAAUCAAUCGCGAUGCCAUGUCCAAGUGCAGCAACUUUGCGAACGAUUAACAUGCCAUCGAGCACACACAAAUUACCCACCAUAGAGGAAAAUAAUGCAGCUCCAGACUCCCCUUCAACGAGCACGCCAGCGUAUACCCUCAGGACUGACGAUGACAUGGAGACCUUCCUAAGCAGUAUCAUGGAUGAGAAUGCCACCCCUGACGACAUCAUGGAUCAGGAGUACUACACAUAUAGCCGUGAAGGUUACGACGCUGAUGGCAUUGACAUUGAUACACCAAAACACUCAUCCGGCGCGGAAUCUAUCGAUCCUUUUGACUUUGUGUACUCGAACCUCCCAAAAAGCACACACAUCCUAAAGCAAGAACCAAACUGCGAACACUGCCAUGCCAAGAAGUUUGAGCGUGAGUCCGAUGGUUUUUGUUGUCGAAACGGAACUAUAAAGCUAGCUGAACCAGAGCCUAUCCCAGAGCUAAUGAGGUUAUGGUCUAGCGCGGAUGCGGACUCUCGACAUUUUCGGGAGAGCAUACGAUUCUUCAACGGCCACUUCUCAUUCACAACUCUUGGUGUCAGCCUAGACAACGACUGCACGAACAUGAGGUCCGGGGUGUACACAUUCCGAGCUCAAGGCAAGUUGUACCACAACAUGCAUUCAUUCGGGCCAAACUCUCGCCCGGAACAUCUACAACUUUACUUCUACGACGAUGAUCCAAGUCUGGUACAUCGCAAGGAAGCCACCAAAGACUUGGACCAAGAGGUCGUACGGAAGGUAGUGGACAUACUAAAAGGAAACCCCUACUCUGAGAAGUUUAGGACUUUGGGCGCCCACAAGGACAACCUCCAGGACUACUGUAUAGAACUGAACACCGACAAGAAGCUAGACCAACGGAGAUACAAUUUACCGGUGUCAUCCGAGGUGGCUGCGAUCUGGGUCGAGGGCAGCGACCUGGCAAAUAGGUUCAAGCGCAGCAUUACCCUAUACGGAAAUAACAACGAGAGGCAUAGUAUACAGGCCACACAAGGAUGCUAUGACCCGCUCUCGUACCCCCUCUUCUUCCCCAAGGGGGAGCUCGGUUGGCAUCCGAAUCUCCCUAAACGUGAUACGCCUUGGCACGUUGCGCAGCUAUCAAGAGAGAAACGCGGGGAUGAAGGUUCGGUUGUUCAAGAUAGUUCUGCAUUUUUUGUCUACCCUUUUUGUACUUCACCUAACCUUCUUUUAAUUGUCAUUCACGCAGAUGGAGGUGCAAAUAUAUGCGUCUCCGUGAGGGACUACUACUGUUACCGACUACAAACGCGUCCGGCUAUAUUCAACCCCAUAUUACAUGGAGGGCGUCUCUUCCAACAGUUUGCAGUCGACAUGUACAUAAAGAUUGAGGGUUGCAGGUUGAAUUGGGUCAGGGAGCACCAGCCAGAGAUACGUGCCGAUCUAUAUAAAGGAAUUGUGGAUAGCAUCACAGCAGGAGAGACUCGUGCAAGCGCUGUUGGGACAAGGAUUGUUCUCCCGUGGAAGUUCCAGGGGGGCUUCCGAGACAUGAAACGCAGGCAUAUGGACGCCAUGGCGUUGGUGCAAACGUAUGGCAAGCCUGACAUCUUCCUAACGAUGACCUGCAACCCAAAUUGGCAAGAGAUACAGGAUGCACUGCUUCCAGGACAAACCCCGCAGGACCGACCAGACAUUGUGGUCCGAGUGUUUAGGUCCAAGCUGGAGACGAUGAAAGAGAUGCUGACCAAGAAGCAUAUCCUGGGCGUUGUGAAGGCCUACGUCUAUGUGGUCGAGUUCCAGAAGAGGGGCCUCCCACACGCCCAUUUUCUGUUGAUCAUGGAUUCAAAAUAUAAGCUCAUUGUGCCAGAGCAGUACGACCGCGUCAUAUCCGCCGAGCUACCGGACAAGAAUAAGUACCCGGAGCUAUACGCCAUAGUCGUGAAGCAUAUGAUGCACGGCCCAUGUGGUGUCCUCAAGCCAAAAAACGUGUGCAUGCAAGAUGGGUCGUGCAAGUGUAGGUACCCGCGGGCUUUCAACGAGACCACCGUACAGGGGAAAGACUCAUAUCCCAUUUAUCGGAGACGGAAGGAUGGCCAUUGUGCAAAGGUCCGAGGCCAGACGCUAGAAAAUAGAUGGGUUGUGCCUUACAACCCGUACCUCUUGCGGAUGUUUGACUGCCACAUCAACGUGGAGGUGUGCUCCAGCAUAAAGGCCGUCAAGUACCUAUAUAAGUACGUGUACAAGGGCCACGAUCAAACUUCGUUCAAUAUCGAGAAGCCUGAUGCCGAUGGUAACAUAGACGAGAUCAAGAGAUUCGUUGACGCAAGGUGGGUUACUCCACCAGAGGCCAUGUGGAGGAUAUUCGGCUUCAAGCUCUGUGAGAACCACCCGUCGGUCCUACCGCUGCCGCUUCAUCUCGAAAAUAUGCAAAUGGUCACGUUCAAAGCGGGAGACAACCUAAAAGACGUCGCCGCCAGACAAAACCCAUCCAUGCUGACGGAGUAUUUCGUGGCUAAUGAGAAGCACGCGUGGGCUAGAGAUAUUCUUUACAAAGAUUUUCCGAGAAGGUUCACAUGGCAAAAAGCAAAGUACUGGAAAGAAAGGGACAAGGGUCAACAAGUAGGCCGAAUUGUAUCAGCCCAUCCUGCCGAGGGAGACAGAUACUUUCUAAGGGUGCUUCUAAAUCACGUACCAGGAUCAAGGUCCUUCGAAGAUCUCAAAACAGUGGGCGGUGUGCUAUGUGAUAGCUUUCGUGAGGCCGCCGAGAGGAGGGGUCUCAUCGAGGCCGACAACACGCUCGACGAGUGUCUUACUGAGUCAGAGCAGUUCGCCAUGCCAGCCUCACUAAGGAGGCUAUUCGCAACGAUCUUGGUAUUCUGCGAGCCUGGAGAUGUGCGCGGCCUUUGGGAUAGGCACCUUGAGGCGAUGUCUGAUGACUAUCGGCGCAAACACACAUGCCCAAAAACAGUGGAACAAAAGGUGUUGCUUGAUAUCAGGGGCAUGUUGCAGUCCAUGGGCAAAGACAUAAAAUCGUUCCCUCUACCAGACAUCGACGAGACCUAUGACAACACAGAUGGCGAGGCCAGGGAGGUCAUUGAGGAAACCAAUAUCCAAGUAGACAAGGAAGAUGCUUCUCUAGCAACAUCACUAAACCACGAGCAGAGGCUUGCCUACGACGAAAUACUAGCGGCGGUUGAUGGCGGAAAUGGGGGUGUAUUCUUCGUGGAUGGCCCAGGAGGCACAGGGAAGACCUACCUUUACAGGGCACUGCUCGCUAGGGUUCGAGGCGAGAGAAAGAUCGCGUUGGCCACAGCGACGUCAGGAGUCGCCGCUUCCAUCAUGCCAGGAGGCAGGACAGCCCACUCAAGGUUCAAGAUCCCACUAAACCUUGAAGAAGGAAAAUCAUGCAGCUUCACUAAGCAGAGUGGGACAGCCAAGCUCCUGAGGAUGGCUUCACUCAUUCUAUGGGACGAGGCAACCAUGACAAAACGGCAGGCAAUUGAGGCGUUAGACAGAAGCAUGCGAGACAUCAUGGAAUGCCCAGACCGACCUUUUGGGGGAAAGACUAUUGUGUUCGGUGGGGACUUCAGGCAGCUAAAGCUCGUCAAGAACAUGAGGGCGCAAAACGACCGAUGGUUCGCGGAUUACCUCCUGAGGGUGGGUAACGGCACCGAGGAAACCGACGAUGACGGAAACAUCCGGCUUCCCGAAGAUAUAUGUGUGUCGUCUACAGGCAAUGACACAGCAGAUAUAAAGAAGCUGAUCGACCACGUGUUUCCUGCCCUAGACCACAACAUGGAAAAUCCUCAUUACAUGACUUCUCGAGCGAUCCUCUCCACAAGGAACGACAGUGUCGAUGGAAUAAACAUGCACAUGAUUGAGCGUUUUCAGGGCGAGGAGACGAUCUACUAUAGCUUCGAUAGCGCCGAGGACGAUCCACACGGCUACUAUCCUCAAGAGUUCCUGAAUGACCUAACUCCUAAUGGGCUUCCCCCGCACGCGCUUAAACUGAAGAUAAAUUGCCCAGUUAUAUUGUUGAGGAAUAUCGACCCAGCUAACGGGCUAUGUAACGGCACGAGGCUUGUGGUCCGUGGGUUCCAGAGUAACGCCAUCGACGCAGAGAUCGUCGUGGGACAGACACGUGGGGAGAGGGUGUUUCUUCCUCGGAUACCUCUAUGCCCAUCCGACGACGACAUGUUCCCGUUUAGAUUCAAGAGAAAGCAGUUCCCGAUCAGGCUCAGUUUUGCCAUGACGAUCAACAAGGCGCAAGGGCAGACCAUCCCGACUGUGGGCGUGUACCUACCGGAGCCGGUAUUCUCUCAUGGCCAGCUGUAUGUCGCGUUGUCCAGAGCAACCGCUAAAAGUAACAUCAAGAUCCUCGCCAUCAAGGACAAUGGAAAGGACAAGACCAAUAAUUCAAAGAAAAGAAAAAGAACCGAGUCCUUAGUAACAACCACGCUGAAUAUAGUCUACAAGGAAGUUCUUAGCACUUGA